AUGAUUGAACACUCUGAUCCUGAAAAUUCUGUUAAAAAUAUUAAAGAUACCAUCAUUCAGAUUAGAACAGAAAAUAAUGAUGAUGGAUAUUCCAAUAACCUAAUCAUUAAAUAUCCACAUUUAGAGAUUUCUAUAAAUAAUAACAACAAUACACAUAUAUCUAUAAAUAAUUUUCAAAGUCACGAUUCAACUAAAUCAUUUCAUGUUUCAGAAAUUAUAUGUAAGCCCCAAAUCAACACGUCUUCAAAUUUAUGCAUUAAAGACUUAUCGCCAAUAUCAAAUAGCUCCAAAUUGAUACAGUUUCAAGAAUCCAAAAAUCUGGAAAAACCACCUUUCGAUACUAUUAAAGGUUUGGAUGUAAUCCACAACAUUGUCGAUAAUUAUGCGCAUUUUACCUUGCACGGAAACGAGAGCCCGCAAAUAACUCGUGAGACUUUAGCAUCAACAUCUCAAGACGUAAGCAACGUUCAAGACGAUGCCAACGAUAAGAACGAAAUAGCCACCCUAUCCAAAAUGUUAAAUUACAAUAAUGACAUGACCCAGUGGAUUGAUUCGCGGGCGAAUAUCGAUUCCUCUACCCUGACAUCCCACCUAAAUAAAAGGGAGGUUGAUAUAGUACUUACAAAGUCUAUAAAAAUGAAAUCACAAUUGACGACCUCUUUACCGUUACACCCCCAAAGUGUCGCUCGUAUCGAUAGCGUUCUAAAUUUAACCACCCCAAAAAUUAUUGAUCGUUAUAAAAACGCCCACAGUCUCUCAAAUAAUUCAGCAUUUCGCGAUUCAGUUACCAAGUUAAAUUUGACCGAUAAAGGUAGCAAAGCUUGGACAAAGGAUUUAGAAUCUUGCCAAACGCAAUAUGAUUUGGGCAGAUUAUCGCAAUCAUCUUCCGAGGGAGCUGCUGGUUCAUCCUCUGAAUCUGUGUAUCACGAUUAUUCGUCGUUGUCAUCUCGAGUCUCUAACGGUUCAAAAAAUCGCGAUAAUAUACGUGUUAAUAAAGAUGAACAAUCCUCACAUUUUUGGCUAUCUCAAGUUGCUAGCAAAAACAAAUCCUUCGAAGACCCAGAAAACGUCUCCAAAUUUUUUGGCAGAGGCGAUUUUAUAGACCUUUCACAAAAUUCACGCCUCCCUAGUAACACGCCUCGUAAAUCGGAUUUGCUCCAAGAAAUAUCGCUUCCGAUUUUAAAUAGGAGCCGAAUGUCAAAUACGUCGGAUUUGAUAAGGAGUAAAUUAAGCAUGAAGAAUAAUUCUAUCAAAUACUACAAUUCAUCCGGAGUUCAGACAACCAAAGAUGUAAAGCCUGGCAACAUUUCUGGAAACACAAAAAAUCGCGUUCUAAAUACCACAAAAUCGGAGAGCCCGAUAAUGUUCGAUUUUAAGGCCAAUGUUUUUAAUGUCAAUUCUAUGGAUCAAAUGGAGGAUUUCUCCAACAAUCUAGUUCCGAAAGAUCAGCUUUAUGAUGAUAAUAUAUCGAAUAUUGAAGAAAGUAGUCGUAAAAGUUUAACAUAUGAUGUCUCAAACAGGAGCCCUCGAACCAAAUCCCGAUCCAAGAAUGCUAAUCUUGGUAUCACGAGUUCGAUUAGAAGUCCUAUAACUUACCAUCAAAUUUCUGACAUGAAGGAUGCCACGACGGAUACCUUUGUCAUUCCAACAUCACCAGAUAUUAGCUAUAAUAAAAACGAUCUCAUCGAACGUGACGAAAAUAGAAAUUCGAUUCGCCCAAACUCUAUUGCGAAUGGAAACCGACCCGAUACCGCCACAUCUUACUCUCUAAUGAAGGACGUGCUGACCGAUUCCAACAAAAAUUUAGUAGACCUCGUUAAGGAUCUCAUGAAAGAAAUGCUGGGCUUAAAAAAUCCGAUCGUGAAUAACAAUAGAAGCUCCGCGACAGGUUUAAAGGGUGGUCCCUUAGAAUCGGGUUCAUCUGGUAAAAAAGAUUUACCCGAAAAGCAACCGAAGCGUCUCGUUGAUAACCAAUUCAAAAAUAGCGAUAAUGCGGCGCUUCAACCCGGGGUACGGCGAACCGAUUCAAAUUAUUACGCAUCAUUUAACGACAGUCUAUCUAAUCGUUCCUCUCACUCUAACUCUGAAUUGAGGCAAUUGAUAGCAGAAAUGAUCAAGAAAGAAUUAAAAUCCUUCGAUGACAAAAAAAGGCAGAAUGACGAAUCCAGUGAAGAUCGUUUACAAUUGGUCCCACGGCCUCAUACCCGAAAUCGAUAUAAGGCUUCGAGCGAUAGUUUUUCCAGUUUCGCAAAUUUAAAUUUUGAAACGGAUUUAAAGCCCUUAACCUCCUUGAUAAUAGAUCGCGUGCUAAAAAUGGUGGAAAAACUUAUUUUUAAAAAGAUGACAAGUAAUCAAAUUGAAUCCUUGUCAUCAAACCCGGCACGUAACAAACAUUCUACUCCUAAAAAAGUUCGUUCCAAAUUUAAAGAGUACCAGUUCAAUGACAACAGCAGUAUCCUAACUUUAGCUAACAACCAAGCCUUACACACGUUUCCUUAUUCCAAUGCUUCCCUUAACAAGGAUUCAUUUCAGACUCUCCUCGCGAGCAACGCAGCCAAAAACGAUUCCCAUUUCAAUAUAAGCGACAUCACGUCGACCGACUAUUACGUGGACGACACUAAAUAUAUAGUUGACUCUCCGGCAAGUACGAAUUACUUGGCCGAUCUGUCUAACACCUUUGACAUUACCAAAAACGGAACAUUCUUCGGCAAAGAUACUACGCUAAAGAAUUCGAAUAUUAGCUACGUUGCGGGGGAUAUUUAUAAAUCGUGCGAUAUUGACCGGGACGCAAAUCAAAUCGAUGCGACGAUCGCUGAUCCAUUGAAAAAUAACAUUUCGGAUAGCUUUAAUGUCAAGGACGCAAGUUUGAAUGUCCAUCCUUGCGCCUUUACCUCUAACGAACCCUCUAAACCUUUGCAAAAUAUUGAUACCAAUACAAAUGUUCCAAUAACUACUGGAAUUUUCAAAACCGCGAACGGUAAACUUAGUACAAUUUCUCCCUUUCCCACAGUACCUGAUUUAAAACAAAAUCUUGAUUUGACAAAUAACGAUCAGAGUAAUAUUGUAGACGAAACUUUGAAUGAUAAAUUAGAAUUCGAUGAUAGUAGCAUAGCAAAAUUCACCUCACAAUUUGAAGGAUUAUCUUUGAAACAAGCCCUCAAAACCUUUCGACCCGAUUUCAUAAUCAACUCCUGGUGUCGUCAGCAGCACGUAUCGUUUCUCUCCGAAAAACGUAAGCAACGUAGCAGAUCACGAUCCGAAUCCUUGAAUGGAUCCAAUACUUCUCUCGAUAUUCCAAAAGUCAGGCGGGCCUUACAGCUCAGUCUUCGCAGGCGCGCCAGAAAAUUGAAGAAAAAUCUGGAUUCACAUAAAGAUGCCACGGUACCGGUAACAGUUCCCAAGUCGAAUAUAUGCAAUACUACCGAGAAACUCGCAAAGGAUCAAAAAGUUGAAGGCAAAAGGAGUCUUAAAUCAGAAAAUCCUACCCUUUUGCGCCACACCAAAAUUUCUUCUGAAAUUAACUCUCCCGGAUCCGGUAAACGGCUAAUAAAUUAUAAAAUUAGCAAAACCCGUACCACCCUGAAUCAAUCCCUUACCACUCCGACUAAAAGAGAACUGAACGAAAAUGGUAAAAAUUGUGGUAAAGAUUACCGAAUCCUAAACGUGUCCAAGUUUACGCUACCCGUCGUUUCAAACUCAAUAUCUUUCUCUCAGGGUUAUAUCAGCGAUGAUCAACAUUUCCCAAUGAUUUCUCAUUCCCACAACCAUCCCCAAAACAAAACGUAUGAUAUCAGUAUGAAGAAACACUAUCAAAAAAACCCACAAUCAAUGCAAAAUAUUAUCAACAUUAAGUUACUAAAUGAAUACAAAACUUGUUCUUAA